AUGACUACCGAACUUUAUCCUGAUGACUACUUUGGUGACUGCCCGAAACAAGAUCAACAAGGUGAACGGAAAUGGUUGAUUAACGAGAUUAUCAAGCCAGAACUGCCCAACAUAAUAGACAAUGUUGACAAAUGCUUGGAAUUGUUGACCAGUGAUGAAGAUUUCAAGAUGCCGAUCAGCUCUGGGCUACCGAACGAGUCCAACGGCGCCUAUGUACGUGGAAUAUUGACCAGAAACCGUGGAUCCAUAACAGACUACCAGCUCAUCGUCAAAUUCAAGCAAUUCAACCGUGGAAAACAGUGCGCUUUCAAGAUGGACACCAGUAGUCCGUAUCGGCUCAAGCAAAUCGAUGCGAUUACGGAGAAUUUGACCAAAGUCUCGGAUCUGUUGGACGCAUUACAGCAAUGUGAAGAUGCAGGCCAAUUUGAAGGCCACUUGGUCGAAAUUUUGGAUCUGUUAUCGAAAUCCAUCAAUCUGCUGCAUUACCCACCACAAAACCUGCUGUUCCCAUACAACGGCAACGCAUUGCUCAAGCGAAUGUUCACGAAUAGCGAGUCGUCGUUUCAAACAGCGCACCAUGUUCUCAAUAUCGACCUUGUCAUUUUACGAAACGAAAUAAGCAUGGAUUUUCGCAACUUGCAAAAAGUCACCACUAGACCGUGGUGCGAUUUUGACGCAGCAACGGGCAAGACGUUUACAGACAAAAUACGCGAUAAGCUGAAGGCUCAGCGUGGUAAAAAAGUUAGCGACGCUUUACACGAGGAAGGACUCGAAAUCGAGGAACCUUCGCUACUCAGGAACGUUUUCCCACACAAAAACGCAUACAGGGCUACGACCCUUGACGAAGCGCACAACGUGCUGGCACGCUGCGUGACUUUUGAGUCAGGACUGGUUUCUGAAUGCGAAAAAGUGUCGGUGGCCACAAGCGAUCCGAGCUUGAUUAGCAUCACUUCUAAACUUGGCGCAUUGGAAAACUGUGUUAGCAACUACUACACCAAUCUAACACUGAUAUGA